UUAAAGAGUUAAAAACCUAAGGCAAGGAAUCUGUCUCUCUUGUGAUAGCACUAAUGGCAGAGGAAUCAGGAGCUAAUGGGAACAAUGGAGUGGCUUUGAAUAUAAAGGAUGGUGAUAUGAAUCACAACCUUCCUCAAUCACCAUCCAAAGCAAAUGAAGACUCUGAAAGCUGCUUUGUCACCAUACCUUUCAUGCAAAAGUUGAUCGCGGAGGUGUUGGGGACCUACUUCCUGAUAUUUGCUGGUUGUGCCGCGGUGGUGGUGAAUUUGGAGAAGGACAAGGUGGUGACACAUCCGGGAAUAGCAAUUGUUUGGGGACUGGCUGUGAUGGUCUUGGUUUACUCUGUUGGCCACAUCUCUGGUGCUCAUUUCAACCCUGCAGUCACUAUUGCUUUUGCCACUUGCAAAAGGUUUCCAUGGAAACAGGUACCAGCCUAUAUAUCAGCUCAAGUGCUUGGAUCAACUCUAGCAAGCGGAACCCUCCGGCUAAUAUUUAACGGGAAGCACGAUCACUUUGUAGGAACAAGUCCGUCGGGGACAGAGUUGCAAUCUUUCGUGAUAGAGUUCAUAGUCACCUUCUACCUCAUGUUUGUCAUCUCUGGCGUCGCCACCGAUAACCGAGCUAUUGGAGAGCUUGCUGGGCUUGCCGUUGGAUCUACCGUUUUGCUUAAUGUGUUGUUUGCAGGACCAAUUUCAGGAGCAUCGAUGAAUCCAGCACGAUCUUUGGGGCCAGCGAUUGUGUCACACCAAUACAAGAGCAUAUGGAUAUACCUAGUGGCACCUAUUUUAGGAGCCAUAUCAGGUGCCAUGGUCUACAAUACCAUCAGGUUCACGGACAAGCCCCUCCGGGAAAUCACCAAGACUGCUUCUUUCCUCAAGGGCUCACGACACAAUGGCUAAAAUUGACCUCAAUUUAUGUAAUGUCUUUUACUUUUAACACAAGGAAACUAGAGAAUAACAUUGUGGUGGUUUGGGAACACUUAUUUCCACCACUGAAUUUGUAUCAUCUUGAUGGAACUCAACUUUUGAUCA